UUGAGUCGAGAGAAAUUAUUUUCUUUCCAAAACCACUGGUAAGAUUCUACCAGCGCUGUUAUAUAUAUCCACGCUAACGUUCUGUAACCUUUCACAACCUCGUUCGGAUUUCUCUCUGGUUCAGUCAUGGCUCUCGCCAAGAUUUUAGCGGCUCUCUUGAUGGCCAUGGCUCUGUGUGAGGUUUCUAUUGCGGCUACUGUCUACCACGUGGGUGAUUCUACUGGCUGGACCAUCGGGAAAGUUAAUUACACCCUGUGGUCUCAGACUAAGGACUUCGUCGUAGGAGACACCAUUAUCUUUGAGUACAGCAAUCAAUAUCAUAAUGUGCUGCAAGUGACUCACGACAAUUUCAAGUCAUGCAACGCAACAGCUCCGAUCGCCACAUACGCCACCGGCAACGAUUCAAUCACCAUCUCAAAAUAUGGCCACUUCUACUACCUCUGUGGGAUCCCAGGCCACUGCGAAGCAGGACAGAAGGUUGACAUCAGGGUUCCACACCCUCCUGAAAGUCCAAGUCUCAGCCCCAGCCCCAGUCCCAUCACCAGCCCCAGUCCCAGUCCCAUCACCAGCCCCAGCCCCAGCCCCAGUCCCAUCACCAGCCCCAGCCCCAGCCCCAGUCCCAGUCCCAGUCCCAAACCAUGGCCAAGUAGUCCGUCUCCAUCUCCAUCUGCCUGGCCAACACCAAGUUCCCCACCACCAUCAUGGGGAAAUCCACCUACCCAGGCACCAUCUUGGGGGAUUGCACCUGCCCCGGCUCCAAGCCCUGCUUCAUCUCUCCAUGUUUCCAUGGGGCUGCUUGGCCCUUCCAUGGCGGUUCUUGCAUUUGUAGUCACUGCUUUUGCUUAUUAAGGAGGUCGCCCUGGUUUAGUGUGUUAGCUUUCUGCUGGAUAUUUUUCUUUUGUUUUCUUAGUUUGGAGUUUUUACAUAUUGAUGAGCUAGUUUACUUAACUAUGUUUCAAGCCAUUUAGAGCUUGUACAUGAAAUA